AUGGUCACUGCCCACCUGAUGGUGAUUGCAAGUACUGCAAAGCUCAGGCUUCAGCAUUCUGCAGCUGGGCCGCGCCCUGUCUCACGUGCGCCGCACGUGGCGUCUCGGUGGCGCGGCCUGCACGCCUGCAACACGCGUGUCGCCGCCGCCGCCAAAGCGUAUCGACCCGCCGGCUGUUGCAGCGCCGGCACUGCCGCCCCCACCCCGCCGCAGCCCCCGCCCCCAGCCGCCCACACAGCCGCUCGAUGCGGAGACAGGCCGGCGCCGCCGCCAGGGUCGGCGCCCGCUUUCCGCCGCCCCACGCCAGCAGCGGCCGACACCUCGGGGAAUUCCGCGGCGCAAGUUGAGCGCAGUAGCCAGACUCCGCCACCCCUGCUGCCCUCGCACUCCGAGGUAGCAACCUAA